AUGGCGAUCUCUUUCCGUCCACCCAAGACCACUCAGAAGGUUGUACCCAUUAAACCGCCGAAAGGACAUUUCUUCUUCGCUGGUCGCGCGUUCCCAAGGGUGCCGUGGUGGAAGCGAGCCAACCUGCGCAGACUAUACAUAUACAUAGUCAUCCUGAUUCUGACGAACACUGCCAAUGGCUUCGAUGGAUCAAUGAUGAACGGUCUUCAGUCAUUGUCCUACUGGCAAGACUACUUUGGAGAACCACGUGGUGCCAUGCUCGGUUUCUUCAACUCAUCCAUGUCUCUGGGCUCGCUCAUCGGUCUCUUCUUCACUCCCUAUCUCAUUGAUUGGAAAGGCAGAAAGAUCGGUGUAGCAAUUGGCUGUGUCAUCAUGUUAUUCGCUGUCGCAAUACAGACUGGGGCGCAGAACAUCGGUAUGUUCAUUGCAGCUCGCUUGGUCCUGGGCUUCGGAGACACUAUCGUUCUUGGAUCAGCGCCGUUGUUGAUCGCGGAAAUCGCUCAUCCACAAGACCGUGCAGUUUUGGUAACGCUCUCUGGCGCCAGCUAUCACUCCGGUGCGUUCAUCGCAUCCUGGGUCACAUAUGGCACACUCCAGAUGAAGAGCGACUGGUCUUGGCGACUUCCUUCCCUCCUACAAUCAAUUUGCUCACUUAUAAUUCUUGGUUUUAUCUUCUUUAUGCCCGAAUCUCCACGUUGGCUAUGCAACAAAGACCGCCACGAAGAAGCACUUGCCGUGUUCUCCCGCUGGCACGGUGAAGGAAAUGAGAAUGACGAGUUUGUCCAGCUCGAAUUUGCCGAAGUACGCGCCGCUAUCGCGCUUGACAAAGAACAAGACCGAACCAACUGGUCAGACUUCCUCAAAACCAAAGGCAACCGUAAGAGAAUCAUCAUCAUCACUGCGAUUGGCUUUUUCAGCCAAUGGAGUGGUAACGGACUCAUCUCCUACUACCUCAAAUAUGUUAUGGAUAACGUUGGCUUGACUGACCCUCAGACACAACUUGGUAUCAACGGUGGUAUGAAAACGUUGGCGCUGUGCGAGAACUUCCUUUUCGCCUUCUUGGUUGACAAGCUCGGUCGUCGUCCAAUAUAUCUUAUUUCCACCAUCGGAACUUUUGUCAUGUUCAAUAUCUUCACCAUCAUUUCCGCCAGGUAUGACAUUGCGCCUCGGGCCCCUCUUGGUAAAGGAUUUAUCGUUAGUAUUUUCUUCUACGGCAUUUUCUACGAUAUCAAGUCAGGUAUCAUGGCCGGCUAUACCACCGAAAUCUUGCCUUAUGGUCUGCGUGCCAAGGGUUUCACGUGGCUCAACUUCUGCGUUACAGCUGCUCUUUUCUUCAAUCAGUUCGUGAAUGGUAUUGCGCUCGAUGCACUCGCAUGGAAGUACUACAUCUGCUAUUGCGUUUUCCUCGCUUUCGAGAUCGGCGUCAUCUACUUCUGCAUCGUGGAAACAAGGUAUACGCCCAUGGAGGAGAUUGCGAGGUUCUUCGACGGCGAUGAUGCGGUUGAUGUCGGGGAGGCUGCCUUGAUGGACGUCAAGGAGAAGGGUGUCUCUGGUGGAGAGAAGGACGUCUCGGUGUCGCACAUUGAGGUCACAAAGUAG